AAAAUCUGUCACACAAUGACUUUUGUAAUAACCAUGGACAUCUUUACCAUAUCAAAAUAAUAUUUAUACAACUAAAUAAUAUGUUAACAAUGGCCCCGUUCGCAAUAUGUUUACUCGAUUAAGUUAAGAAAGAUGUUUUUCUCACCAACCAUGCAACCUAAUUUUUUUUACGGCACUGGACCUCAAAACACCGUACAAUAUAUACCAUUUCAGAUACCUGUGCAGAACAACGUACAAAAUCCAGAAAUUAUAGGGGAGGGCGAUGUAACAUCUGUUGUCCUGCCCAAUGGUAGUGUUCAGUAUUUCUUUAUCCCAACAAUAAAACGCGAUGUGUGGACACCGUGCGCGUACGCGCAACCAACGAUGAACGUGAAUUGGAACUUAGCUUCGCAAGCCUGGUUUAUACGGAAUAUAUCAAACCCGAUAGCACCAUCUUUCUGUUUUGGUCAGCAAUAUUUGAGACCGUGUGGGGAUCCCUUUAUUGCAAACAUAAUGCCUUCCGAUUGUAAUACAAACACGCCUGCCUUAGGGUACAGCAACAUGUUCCACUACGAUAGAUGUACAUCGACCUCUGACCUACAAUAUUUUUAUCCAAGUGCACAUUCGCGACAUCAACAGACCUCCGCUGUGCAAGUCGAGGCAGUUCGCGAGCCGACCUGUCUCUUCGACCUCGUCUGCGGCAGGCCGUGUCCCUGCGGCGUCGCCAGCGGCAAUACCAAAUACUGCCAAGAUGAUUCCGAGAAGGAACCGGAGCGAGUGUCGAGUGCUAUGUCUAUCGAGGGAGUGGAACGCAAAGAUAGCUGCUGUGAAUGCCCGCCCAAGAAGAAAUCAGUAGACAAAAGUGUAAUCACAUUACGAGAUUCAACCUCCGAGGAAGAUAGCGAAGAGAUAACGGUUACUGAAAAAAACAAAGUACACGAAAGCAGCAAAAUGAAGUCUUUGGUAAAGGAAAAGAGCAUUUCGAAGAGCAAGUCGAGAGAAAAAAAUUCCAAAAUAGGUAGAAAUCCAUCUCCCGUUGAAAUAAUUAAAAAAGAUACGUCCAGUCAACACGAUUCAAACCUCAGAAAAUCGAGCGAUCAAAAAUUGGAAAAGAGCGAGGAGUCGAGUAGCUCAGAGAAAGAAAAGGUCACCACCGAAGAGCUGAAGCCAAAGAAAGAAGUAAAAGGUGAGAAAAAGAAGAAGAAAUGUCUCUGCGAGGAAGAUAGCGACUCAGACUCGAAACCAGAGGAGAAAGAAGAGAAACGCAGUUGCUGCUGCACAAGAAAACGGUACAAGGGCACGGCGAGCUAUAAGGAUAAGGGCAAGGAUAACGGCAAGGACAAGGACAAGGAGAAGGAGGAGACUGAGAAGGAGGAGACGGAGAAGCAGCUGUCGUUGAUCGAGAUCGUGGGUCACUGCGACGGUAGCUGUUGCUGCAGCCAGUGCGGCACCAACGCCGAGUCCCAGACACCUCCAAAGUCAAGAAAAUAAAACAAAUGUCAUUAUUCGUACAUUAUUAUCAUACAUUUUAUCCCUUAGUGUUACAUGUAUUUACAUAUUUAAAGAAAAAUGGUACAAUAAUAAACGACUCAAACAGA